UGUGGGUUAUAUUAGUGCAGCGGUUGUGGUGUUCUAGAUAGAAGUGGAUACGCGUUUUGCGUUGUUUUGUUACAUGUGAUUACAUGGUACAGUCUGUCCCUGUACUGAUCAGCUGUGAGACCUGACUGCUUCAUAACAAAACAUCGGGAUUGAGUGUUUGGCUGCUUGCUCGGUUAUGUUUAAUAGGGAAACAAACAAGGAGGUGGUUUGAGUUUACGUUGCUUUAUGUCUGACACCGACUUCGGUUAUCGUCUUGCUUUGCAUAGUUUUAACUGGAAAUAUCAUAGUUAACGGAUAUAUCAAAUACAAUAAACUGCAUGGUUCAGGGAGCUAAGUCCCUAGGUGUAUAUACGAAUCUACACAGAUAAUUGUCACCUAAACGGAAUAAAGUGCGGUAUAAGGAGGACGUUACAGGGUGCUUUAUACCAUUUUUAAAAUGCCAUUCUCAAAUGACAAACCACGUGGCAACGAUGACCGCCUGAGUGACUCCGAUACAUCACGGUUGUCAGAAAGCAUGACGUUUUCAUCCAGUGAUAACGAAUCUACUAGAGAAAGUUUUACCAGCGACUCUUCAAGCAAACAAGCAUCGCCUGCCUCAAGUCCACCAAAAUCUGUGACUUUGGAUGAAGUGAUGGCGACUACAAGAAACAUGUCUAAUUUAGUGCUGGCCCAUGAAAUUGUCGUGAAUGAAAACUUUCACCUGGAUAGUAUAGACCCUCCUGAAAACAGUUUGGAAGGAAGGGUAAAGCAAAUAGUUCACAAAGCAUUUUGGGAUUUAUUGGAGGCUGAGUUGAAUGAGGAUCCGCCGAAAUAUGAAUAUGCCAUCAAGCUUUUUGAUGAGAUUAAAGAGAUUUUGCUUUCAUUCUUAACUCCGGGUACAAACAGACUACGCACACAAAUAUGUGAAGUGUUGGAUGCAGAUCUUAUAAGACAACAAGCUGAACAUAAUACUGUUGAUAUCCAGAAACUUGGAAGCUAUAUUAUUAAUAUUAUGGCAAAGUUAUGUGCUCCUGUCAGAGAUGAUGAUAUUAAAAACUUGAAAACCAGCUGCAACGUUGUACAGAUGUUACGUGAUGUAUUUCAUGUCUUGGACCUCAUGAAGAUGGAUAUGGUCAAUUAUACUAUCCAAAACAUCAGACCUCAGCUUCAGCGCCAGUUAGUGGAGUAUGAAAGAGUAAAGUUUCAGGAAGUUCUUGACAAAUCACCAGAUGCCCUCUCUCAAACAUCUGAGUGGAUUAAAGAAUCUCUUGACAAUGCCUUAGAAGCGAGAUCUCAUGAAAAUUCCACCUGUGCAAAUGGUGCAUCAAUGGACAAUCUGAGUCCUACAUCGGUGCUAAAUAAUGGUUUUCUGAAGCUUCUUCAAAUGGAUUAUCAAAAAGUUUUGCCAGAGACUCUCAUUACAGAUGAAUUUCGCAUUCAAGAAUUAAAGCACAAACUUUAUCAAGUGAAACUUAUAGCUUGUGUGUGCCUCAUUGCUCAGAACAUAAUGGGAUCUUGCUGCACUAAUGAAUUUACAGACAAAAUGAAAGAAAUCACAGCAAUACUCCUGCAGGGUGUGAACAACAAAAAAUUCAAUUUAAAAGAAUCUCUCAAUACUAUUAGCAUUAAAAUUUGUUUUGAGCUGAACAAAUCACUGACAGAAAGAGAUUUACCCACACUUAAUGCUGAGGCACAAGCCAACUUAGUGGGACAAAUCUGCAGCAUCAUUGAAAAAGAACAUCCUAUUUACAACUUGAUUGAAAAAAGGAUCCAAGGAUAUCUGAGCAAAUUCCUGUGCCUCCCACCUCCAUUUAAACAAGUCCCUGCUAUUCCUGGAGGGCUUUCGUCAGUGCACAUGGAGAUGGAGUUUAUUGGCGUUCAUUUUACCAAUAUAGUGAACUUUAACAAGCAAGUGUAUGGACCAUUUUAUGCAAAUAUCUUUAGAAAGCUGCUUUUCAGUAAGACACCAGGGGAUAAGGUACAAUCUGAGUCUUAGCGGAAACUUAACUGCGCAUCAGAUUUGUAAAUAUUCGUUUCUUAAUAGACUGCCCCCAACAAAUGAAGAUAAUAGAAUAAAACAAAGCAAAGCCAGUAUUCUUAUUUUUUUAAUAAACAAAAGUAGACUUGUUUUUUUUAAUUUGGACCUAUUGUUAAACAGGCUAAUUGUGUUUGUUUUUUAUGCUUUGUGAUGUGCUUCAAGAUUGCAUUGAAGCAUUUUCAUAUUAAAGGGACACUAUACCCAAUUUUUUUUCUUUUGUGAUUCAGAUAGAGCAUGCGAUUUUAAGUAACUUUCUAAUUUACUUCUAUUAUCAAUUUUUCUUCGUUCUCUUGUUAUCUUUAUUUGAAAAAGAAGGCAUCUAAGCUUUUUUUCUUAGUUCAGACCUCUGGACAGCACUUUUUAUUGGUGGAUGAAUUUACCCACCAAUCAGCAAGGACAACCCAGGUUGUUCACCAAAAAAUGGGCCUGCAUCUAAACUUACAUUCUUGCAUUUCAAAUAAAGAUACCAAGAGAAUAAAGAAAAUUUGAUAAUAGGAGUAAAUUAGAAAGUUGCUUAAAAUGUCAUGCUCUAUUUUAAUCAUGAAAGAAUAGACUGUUUUUUUUUACCAUGUGUAUGUUCAAUUAAACCAUAAUCAUGUUACAGUCCUGUUUAGCAGCUAAGGUUUUAAGCAGAAAGGAGGGGAUCUGAUUUAUCUGUUUAUGGUACUUGAAUAAGCAAGAACUCACUAUAUUAUUUAAACAUUGUGUAGUGUACAUUGUAUUUGUUGUUUUAUGCUAUGAAUAUUAUUUAGUCCAUGAAACCCAGCAAAUAGUCAUAUGUUAUUGAUUAGAAGCAGAGACCUGUACACUGGAUAACAACAGAUGUUUGAGUUGUUGCUGGAGUCUAAUGCUCCACUCAGUCUUCUGUGUUCGCUUAGCUGAGUGAUUGUCAACUAAGGUAUCAUGAUUUCCCUUAUGUGAGGGUGUAAUAUGAAAUUAGGGCUAACGAUUGAGCAUACACUUUUAAUAUUGAAAGGUUUUAAGUGACACAUAUUGAGCAUUAUUACUAUAUAUAGUUCACAGUAUUUUCAUUUCUACAUAAUUAUGAAACACAGUUCGAGUCCUUAGGAUUUAAAAGCAGGGCUCCACAGAUUUGUUCUAGCAGUUAUGGGCCAGAAAUACUUCCACAAGGCAUAAGUGUGUGUGCACAUAUAUGUAUAAUACAAAAAAUAUGUGCAGAAAAUGUCAGAUGGUAAUAAACAAAUAUCUGUUACAAUGGACUCCGAAACAAUACUCUCCUUUUAACUUGACCGCUGCCUUCUUUCAGUCUCUCCCCAAGGACAUAUACAUAUACAACAAGCCUUUUUCUCUUUAUCAUUAGAGAAAUCGAUAUUCCUCAAAGACCAGCGCCAUCUACUAUUGUUUUUCUAUUGCACAUAUAUGUAUGAAUGUAUCUUUUACAAUAAAGGACAGGCAAAUGUUGUACAAAGCCAGGGCCCCCAAAUCUCUGCACCAGCGCUAUUUUUUUUUUUUUAAAUCACUUUCAUGCCACAGAUUUGUAAAGGAUGUCAGGUGAAUUUAAGAAGUAUGCUAUUAGUCUCCCUGUGCAAAAUAAGAAAAUGUUGGGGCCACAGUGCUAUCUCAUUCCCCAUGUUUGCACUUUCUUUGCCAUUUGUGGCUACUUUUGUGUCAUCUCAAGUUAAGCAAACAUUACAACUACAGGAUAAAGCAAAGUGUUACAUGUUAUAUUGCAAAAUGUACUGUAGGCAAAUGCAGAGAAUAAAAUUGUAUUUGAAUGGA